AUGUCCCGCGAGGAUACCGAGACGGUAGUGGACGGCACGCCCACGCCCUCCAUCACCACAACGGCCGAGCCCCCAUCGUGCGAGGAGGGAAAUGAACCAACGCUCCUCUCAGCACUCGAGGACGGCGAGGCCUACGCACGGCGGAUCCUCAAACAACAAUGGUUUCGGGGUUACUCCGCACUGAAGGCAAAGGCGGAAUUAGAAUCCGCAGGGAUUUCACUUCUGCAGAAACACGGAAUGGGCGGAGAGGAGUCUUCUGCAGUAGAGGAAGUGCCGCAGGAUUCCACAGGCGCAGCCGCGGCCAAGUUCAGACAAGAUAGAGAAAGAGGAGAAUUUCUUUAUCGUGAAUACACCGAACGUGGGGAGUUGGAAAUGGAGGAGUUCUUUGCUCUCUCUGAACUGCAACUUAACAUGCAAGAGACUCUGGAACGAUUCAUGCUGGAAAAGGAAGCGAUGGAAAUGUUAAAUCUUGUAAGUGAUGUAUUAAAGCCUAAAAUUCGUUGGCGGUAUGUUUAUGCGUGGGGCAUCGUCACUGCCGCCUCUUCCGCUCCAACAUUUUCAGAUAUGAAUCGUAUACGAUGUACACAACGACACAAACCAGCAUACAUGCGUGUACCCCCGCGGACCUGUACAGUGCCGAUUGAACCAAAUCCCUUUUGGGAACCAGUGGAAGUGGAAUCAACAUCUAUACAACGUAUUCAAAUGCGUUCAGAGGUGUAA